CUCGCUCGCUCGCUCGCUCAGUCGCUCCCGGUGCUCGCUGCCCGCCGCCCGGCUCCUGGCUGCUCGCGGCCCCCGGCUCCUGCCUGGCGCUCUGGCCAGGCUCGGGCACCGGAGGACAAGACCGCGCGACUGGCCAGCCGAGCCCUGGGCCGGCCGCGGGAGCAGGGUCCGUGAUGGCGCUCUCCCUGACGGGGCUCGUUGCCUUCUCCUUCCUGCAAGCCGCCCUUGCCCUGAACCCUGAGGACCCCAACGUGUGCAGCCACUGGGAGAGCUACGCUGUGACUGUCCAGGAAUCGUAUGCACACCCCUUCGAUCAGAUCUAUUACACACGAUGCACAGACAUCCUUAACUGGUUCAAGUGCACCAGGCAUCGGAUCAGUUAUAAGACAGCGUAUCGGAGAGGCCUCCGGACCAUGUACCGGCGGAGGUCCCAGUGCUGCCCUGGCUACUAUGAGAACGGAGACUUCUGCAUACCCCUGUGUACGGAGGAGUGUGUGCACGGCCGCUGCGUUUCCCCGGACACCUGCCACUGCGAGCCUGGCUGGGGAGGGCCCGACUGCUCCAGCGGCUGCGACAGCGACCACUGGGGGCCCCACUGCAGCAACCGGUGCCAGUGCCAGAACGGCGCCCUGUGUAACCCCAUCACAGGCGCCUGCGUGUGCGCCGCCGGCUUCCGUGGAUGGCGCUGCGAGGAGCUCUGCGCGCCUGGCACCCACGGCAAGGGAUGCCAGCUGCCGUGCCAGUGCCGACACGGUGCCAGCUGCGACCCCCGCACCGGCGAGUGCCUCUGCGCGCCUGGCUAUACUGGCGUCUACUGCGAGGAGCUGUGCCCUCCUGGGAGCCAUGGAGCUCACUGUGAGCUGCGCUGCCCCUGCCAGAAUGGGGGCAUCUGCCACCACAUCACUGGCGAGUGUGCCUGCCCCCCAGGCUGGACGGGAGCAGUGUGUGCCCAGCCCUGCCCACCAGGAACAUUUGGCCAGAACUGCAGCCAGGACUGUCCUUGCCACCAUGGAGGGCAGUGUGACCACGUGACUGGACAGUGCCACUGUACAGCUGGAUACAUGGGGGACAGGUGCCAAGAGGAGUGCCCCUUCGGGACCUUCGGCUUCCAGUGCUCACAGCGCUGUGACUGCCACAAUGGUGGGCCGUGUUCACCCACCACGGGUGCCUGCGAGUGUGAGCCUGGCUACAAGGGCCCACGCUGCCAGGAGCGACUGUGCCCAGAGGGCCUUCAUGGCCCAGGCUGCACCCUGCCCUGCCCCUGUGACACUGACAACACCAUCAGCUGCCACCCAGUAACCGGAGCUUGUGCCUGCCAGCCAGGCUGGUCUGGCCGCCACUGCAAUGAAUCCUGCCCUGCUGGCUACUAUGGCAAUGGCUGCCAGCUGCCUUGCACCUGUCAGAAUGGCGCCGACUGCCACAGCAUCACUGGGGGCUGCACUUGUGCACCGGGCUUCAUGGGAGAGGUCUGUGCCGUUUCCUGUGCAGCAGGGACCUACGGCCCCAACUGCUCGUCCAUCUGUAGCUGUAACAAUGGUGGCACCUGCUCCCCAGUAGAUGGCUCCUGUACCUGCAAGGAAGGGUGGCAGGGCCUGGACUGCACCCUGCCGUGUCCCAGUGGGACAUGGGGCCUGAACUGCAACGAGAGCUGCACCUGUGCCAAUGGGGCAGCCUGCAGCCCCAUAGAUGGCUCCUGUUCCUGCACCCCUGGCUGGCUGGGAGACACCUGUGAGCUGCCUUGCCCGGAUGGCACAUUUGGGCUGAACUGCAGUGAACACUGUGACUGCAGCCAUGCUGAUGGAUGUGACCCUGUCACAGGCCACUGCUGCUGCCUGGCCGGAUGGACAGGCAUCCGCUGUGACAGCACGUGUCCAUCUGGCCGCUGGGGCCCCAACUGCUCUGUCUCCUGCAGCUGUGAGAAUGGAGGCUCCUGCUCCCCAGAGGAUGGGAGCUGCGAGUGUGCCCCUGGCUUCCGAGGACCCUUAUGCCAGAGAAUCUGUGCCCCUGGGUUCUACGGCCACAGCUGCGCCCAGCCAUGCCCCCUCUGCGUGCACAGCAGCGGGCCCUGCCACCAUGUCAGCGGCAUCUGUGAGUGCCUCCCAGGAUUCUCUGGAGCUCUCUGCAACCAAGUGUGUGCUGGAGGACACUUUGGGCAGGACUGUGCCCAGCUUUGCUCCUGUGCCAACAAUGGGACCUGCAACCCUAUCGAUGGCUCCUGUCAGUGCUUUCCUGGAUGGAUUGGCAAGGACUGCUCACAGGCUUGCCCACCCGGGUUCUGGGGCCCCGCCUGCUUCCACACAUGCAGCUGCCACAACGGGGCGAGCUGCAGCGCCGAGGACGGGGCCUGCCACUGCACCCCUGGCUGGACUGGACUCUUCUGCACACAGCGCUGCCCAGCAGCAUUUUUUGGGAAGGACUGUGGGCGUGUAUGCCAGUGUCAGAAUGGCGCCAGCUGUGACCACAUCAGUGGCAAGUGCACCUGCCGCACAGGCUUCACCGGGCAACACUGUGAGCAGAGAUGUGCCCCAGGAACCUUUGGCUAUGGGUGUCAGCAGCUAUGUGAGUGCAUGAACAACUCCACCUGUGACCAUGUCACCGGCACCUGUUACUGCAGCCCUGGCUUCAAAGGAAUCAGGUGUGACCAAGCUGCCCUCAUGAUGGAGGAGCUGAAUCCCUACACCAAGAUCAGCCCAGCACUGGGUGCAGAGCGGCACUCGGUGGGUGCUGUCACAGGCAUCAUGCUCCUGUUAUUCCUCAUUGUGGUGCUGCUGGGCCUAUUUGCCUGGCAUCGGCGGCGGCAGAAAGAGAAGGGCCGAGACCUGGCUCCCCGCGUCUCCUACACACCUGCCAUGAGGAUGACCAGCACCGACUACUCCCUCUCAGAUUUGUCUCAAAGUAGCAGCCAUGCCCACUGCUUUUCCAAUUCCAGCUACCACGCACUGGCAUGUGGGGGGCCUGCCACCAGCCAGGCCAGCACUCUGGACAGGAACAGCCCCACCAAGCUCAGUAACAAGUCCCUUGACAGAGACACAGCAGGCUGGACCCCCUACAGCUAUGUGAACGUGUUAGACUCCCAUUUCCAGAUCAGUGCCCUGGAGGCCAGGUACCCGCCCGAGGACUUCUACAUUGAACUUAGACACCUCAGCCACCCCGCUGAGCCACACUCACCAGGUGCUUGUGGAAUGGAUAGACGUCAGAACACAUACAUUAUGGACAAAGGCUUCAAAGAUUACAUGAAAGAAUCCGUGUGCAGUUCUAGUACUUGUUCCUUGAAUAGCAGUGAAAACCCUUACGCCACAAUUAAGGACCCACCCAUCCUCACCUGCAAGCUUCCAGAAAGCAGCUAUGUAGAAAUGAAGUCGCCUGUGCACUUGGGGUCUCCGUACACAGAUGUGCCAUCCUUGUCGACAUCUAAUAAAAAUAUAUAUGAAGUUGGUAGGUGUCUCAAAUAAGUAACUUAGUGAAAUCAGGGCAAUAGUGCAGCAUUUGAAGUAAAAGCAAGCCCUCUCCACUCACCCCAUCUUGACCACACAUCCUUCUUUUGUUGUUUUUUAAGGCAUCUCUAAGGUGAACUGUCUUUCCUAGGACUGCCCUCCCUCGCUAAUGCAGGAAUUAUUAAGUUGGUACAAAUUAUUAUAUACCAACAAAAUUAUUAGUUGGUACAAAUUAUUGUACCAACUCUGCUUUAAAAACCACCAGGACUAAUAUGAAACAAAUACCGGGGGUGGAAAGUGGGUACGCACACACGCGCGCGCACGCACACACACACAUACUUCAACUGAUUGUUGAUACAAAUCUCAUUUUAAAAAAGAAAGCAAUCAGAGACAUUGACAAGUUUCUAAAUCACCUUCUGCCUUCUCCCAGUUUAUGUCCCUGGGCUCACUGAUAAGACUCCUACCUCUAGGAUAUUUUAAAUCCUUUUGUGUUGACGAGAGGCUUGGAUUUUGACAGCACAUUCACUUAGUUUUCCAUCUCCUGAGCAAGCCUGAAUCCUAAGCCUCAUGUAUUUGUCAUAGAUUUAUAAAUCCCUAGCUCCUUUCCCCAAGUUAAGCAGAACUCUCUUCCUCUCCAACAAGGCAACCAAAGCUAAUCUGUUCUCUGAACUCAUUUUUCACUAUAUUUCUUAGAGCCCACAGUCAGUGUGGUCCAAGAAGGUCGCGGUCAUAACUCCAGCUAUAUCCAGAAUCCAUACGACCUACCUAGGAACAGCCAUAUUCCUGGUCAUUAUGACCUCCUCCCAGUAAGACAGAGCCCUGCCAAUGGGCCGUCCCAGGACAAGCAAUCUUAAGAGGGAUAAGCUUCUCUCUUGCAGUGUGCUCUACUGAAUAUUCUGACUCUCUGAAAGAAGACAAUCCCUUGACUUGAAGUAAUGGUACAGACUGGCUCCAGCUGCAUGUUAGUUAUUACGUUCACCUGGAACUAAAGAAGAGCGUCCAGGUGGGACUGGGGUAAUUGUUCAAGGAAUUGUGUUCUCAAAGGCAAAUCCUAUCACCCACUCAGCCCCAAAUGCCCUGGAUAUGAUUUUUAAAACAUUUUAAGAUAUAACAACUCAUCAACGUCAGCUAAAUAUAGCUGAUACAUAUAUAUUUAUCUGAAACGUGAUAUUUUAAAAACAUGUAGGUUUAACAAACCUUCCUAGGACAAAAAGGAGACUGGGGAGGGAAGAGGAUUACUUUAAAGCACCUAAAACGUAUAUGUACUUUUGGUUGCUGUUAUCAUCAACAUCUGUUUUAUUACUGAAGACAAUUAGUACAUAGACAUGAACUGUUCUUAAAUAGAACAGUCUUAAAAUAUCUGUACAUGUAUGUCUGGUCCAUCAAAUUACAACAGCCAAGAUUACAGAAUCUAGUAUAUAGUCCUAUGCUGACAACUUCCAUUUUAAAAAACAAGACUUUACUUUCUUCUGCCCCCUAAGUGAUAGGUUUAAAUACACACAGACACACACACACACACACACACACGUAUCCAAAGUGCAGCAACAAGUCUGCAACAAGAUUCCUAGGGCAGCUUUAUCAAAUUUUACCAAUUCAAAGUUUAAGGACAUUACAAGUCAGUGCUGGCUAUGUCAUAUCUACUUAGUCCAUUGAACACCUGAAUCAUUCCAUGUAAAACAGAGCUCUAAGAUGAUCCUUUAGGUAAGCAGUCACAGACUGGUUGGGAUUAAGUAUCCCUAAAGACGGCUAGUUGGCCUCCUCAUUUCAUUUGGUCAGCAUCCCUUGACUCAAAAGAAUACUUGCUUCCAAGUAGUUCUUCAUAAAUCUUGGGAUUGAUGUAGUAUGAAACCUAAAAGUAUACAGGAAAUUGGACAAAUGUGGAUAAAGGAAAUUUACAUUGCUUAAAGUACAUUACGCUUUUUGAUGGAACUAAAUGAAAUGAUCAAAAAAAGAAUGAACUGUAACCAGUUGCUGUAACGUGAUGUAAAAAUGUUACUGUAAACAGCAGGGGAUAUGAAGUCCUUCCACCUUCUAUCUUAAAACUACUACUUACUGAGCUAGCCCAAUAUGCAUUACAAUGAGCUAAUGCUCCAGAUCCCAGUAUUCAGAUGUGUCUGUACCUUCCACUAUGAACAUAGAUAAACUGAGGCUCAGAUGAGUCCAAAUGAAGUCAAAUCCCAAGCCCUAAAGAGAACCUUCUCACAAGAAUUAAAAACAAAAAGGGCAAACCUAGGAAGCUAAUGGCUACUCCUGUACCACUCUAUUCACUGGUACAGUCCAGCCAGUAAAAAACACUUCCAAAAAGAUAUACAGAAGAGGAACUAAAUGAUUACAAAGCUGGAAUACUGCUACAGCAAGUAUGAGAGUUCUGAAACCCUUGAUAGAAAUUGGAAGCCUGCCAUGGAACACAAUACUUUGGGCAAUAAUCAGAAAAAGCAAAAAAAUAAAUAAAUGAGUACAUCUCCCCUUCCCACGUCACUCAAGGCAUAAGCAAAUUUUACUGUUAGAGGAAAAUAUAUAAUACUUACAUGAAUGCUGCAUGUGUGCAUGGGAACAACUGAUUAGCAAUAGUAAAUUUACUUUCCAAAAAAGCCUUAUUAAAAUAUAAAUAUUAGAAAAUUACUUUGUAGACCCAAGUAAAUAUUUCUCAUACAUAUGUAGAAAGAAAUAUAGGUAAGCGGCUUACCUCAGUAUUUCAGGGCAGCAAGUGUUUGUGAAGCAAAGAUGAAGAAGCAUGAAGAUGUCAGAUCAGCAAGGAGAAACUUCAACUCAAUCCCAGGUUUUCUCUUCUUCCCUUAUCCUGCAUGUAUAAUAACUGCUGCCUGGCAAACUGCAAACAAGCAGCGUCACUCAAGUUUCAAGUUUCGCCUCUUUUGUCAACUAUCCUCUGGGCAAAGGUAUUCAGCAAGAGGUGGAAAGGCUAGGCACUGAAUCAAGAGAUUUCAGUGUUACUCUGGUCAAGUUAGUUGCGCUCUCUGGGCUCCUUUUUUUUCUAUGCAUAAAAAAGGGGAGAAGCAGAGUGGGAAGACAGCUCUAAUAACCCUUCAGCUCUAGCAUUCCAUGACUUUUUAAGGAAAUGUAAUACAAGUCAAACCAGGCAAUACAGAGAAGGGAAAGGCAGAAGGUGUGAUUAUGGUGACAAUAGCUGCCUUCACCUAUCGAAGAGUUAUCAGUAAAAGACAUUUCAAUCUUACAAAGCAACUGUCAGAAACUUCUAACACCAUCACAAAUAGGUUCACGGUCAGCCUAAACAUGUGCACUGUGCAUUUUAUGGGUGACUUUGAAAGAUCUCAAUUAUUUUUCAGAAACUAAAUUUUCAGACAAAUAUGUGUACAAUUAAAAUGAAUGAAAGAAAAACCAUUAUUGUACAGUAGUAUUAAUGAGACUGUGAAAUGGCAAUACUUUUUUAAAUCACAGAUUUGUAAUAUAUAUGUUCACUGUGUAGAGGGAUUGUACCUUGUACAAAAUAAAACAAAUUUCUCAAACUAA